UCUCUUGUGUUUUUAAAGUUGUCAGUCAAAUUGUCCAUUUCAUUUAUUUGAAAACAUUGUUCUGUAGGAUGAUGGGUUUUGGAGAGGAGGAAGGCGUCAUUCCACGAUUCUGUCAGGAGCUGUUUUCUAGAUUGGCAUCUAUGGAAAACGAAGAGGUGAAAUGCCAUGUAGAGAUGAGCCUUUUGGAAGUCUACAAUGAGAAGAUCCAUGACCUGCUGGUGACAAGAGAACAAACAAACCAGAGAAGGAUGCCCCUGAGGGCAAGGGAACAUCCAGUCAAUGGUCCCUACGUUGCAGACCUCUCUGCGAACAUUGUGAGCUCCUACAAUGACGUUCAGGGUUGGCUAGCGCUGGGAAACAAGCAGAGAGCCACAGCAGCCACUGAAAUGAAUGACAAGAGCUCAAGGUCUCACUCUGUCCUCACCCUGGUCAUGACCCAGACUCAGACUGAGUUUGUGGAGGGUGAGGAACAUGACCACAGCAUCACCAGCAGGAUCAACCUGGUGGACCUGGCAGGCAGCGCGCGCUGUAACUCUCCAAAGACAAGUGGAGACCGACUCAGGGAGGGUGCUAGCAUCAACAAGUCCCUGCUUACCCUUGGAAAGGUCAUCUCUGCCCUAUCAGAACAGUCAAUGACGCAGAAAACGGUCUCCAUACCGUACAGGGAGUCUGUCCUGACAUGGCUGCUGAAAGAGAGCAUUGGUGGUAACUCUGAGACGGCCAUGAUCGCCACAAUCAGUCCAGCUGGCAGCAAUGUGGAGGAAACCCUCAGCACACUGCGCUAUGCCCAGCAGGCCCGCACCAUCAUCAAUGUGUCAAAGGUCAAUGAGGACACCAGUGCCAAGCUCAUCAGAGGCUAG